AAACAUUGCGACUUUCUGAGAACACGCUUGAUUGCAUCUAAUUAUAACCUUUCGCGUUUUGUGAAAGGCAGCGAUAUUAAGAAGGAAAUCAGAAAAAACUAAAGAAAGAGAUUGUUUCUUCUUAAUGAGAAUCAUAGUGUAACUUUAUCCAAAGAAACCAUCCCUCAUUUCUUUCUUAAUUGCCUUCCGUCAACAGAAAUUAUAGCAACCUAUGCACUUUGUUUGAAGAAAGUCUCAUGUUUCGUUUCUUCUUUAAAUGCUCUUUUUCAUGUCACUUAGAAACUUAGGUAAAGCUGCUGUAUACAACAGAUUAAGACUUAAAAAAUACAUCAAAUAAAAAAUUAUUUUAUUAACUUUCUAUUCUAUCUUCGCUGUGUUUGUUAACAGGCGUCUUCGUCCUAUGUGGCGCGAGCUUUGCGACAUCAGAUCCUCACCGGGGACACCGCGAAGAAAGGCUUCAUCAUCGAACGCGUAGAUAAGACCCAUAGAGAUUCAAUCUGUCCCGGUCAGUUGUUGCUUAACGCACAUUCAGGCUAGAAUGAACGGCGGCGAGCAUUAUGCGCAAGUUACCACGGCUCGCGUUCGUCCUGCUCAUCGGUAUGACAGCUGCGAUUUUCUGCACGUUGCUGUCCUCGGGUUUUCUCGUUGUCGACCGAAGAUCUUCCGCGUUGCGAAAGGAACAGGUGUCCAUAAAAGAGGAAAACGAAGGAAAUAGAAGGUCUAUCUCUGGCUCCCGGGGACUAUCCAACGCGCGACAAUUCGCGAGGAUGGUGUCUCUGGAUGCGCAUCUCCUGGGGAGAGGCUUCACCGAUGAGCAGGUAGAGAGUAUGACUCCCCUUGGGAAAUGGUUAUUAGCACCGGAAGGGAGUCCACCCCCGCAGUCGAACGCCAAUAAAACCUAUUUGAUCUUAAUUUGGAAGCACGGGCAGUUCCUGGAACGCAGGCACAUCAGACGUUUUACGUCCACUAAGUUUUCACCGUGGGAUCAAUGUUCAGUACGGAAUUGCAGGCUGAGUUACGACGAAAGGGAUCUGCAUCGAGCGGACGCCGUGGUGUUCCAUUUGCACUUCACGAGGAAUCCGUCGGAGUUACCGGCGAGAAGUCGGACGGAUCAACGUUGGAUCUUCCUGACAGACGAGUCGCCCUAUCACACGUUUUUGUACGGCCACCAGAGAUUAUCGAGCUACGACGGUCUGUUCAACUGGUCCAUGUCCUACCGAAUGGACAGCGACGUACCGGUUCCUUACGGAAGGACGAUACGAGUCGCCGGCAGUUAUUCGACCAAACGCUGGAACGCUAUCGUAAAGACCAAGACCAAACUAGUCGCUAUAAUGGGCAGCAACUGCGGCGGCCGCAACGGACGGUGGUCCUACGUGAAGGCGCUCAAGUCGUCGCUCCGCGGCGACCUGGACGUCCUCGGGAAAUGUCUGGACGGUAACAGGACCGUCUGUCCCGGCCACUUCGACCAAGACUGCCCUGCCUUGGGCGCGUACAAGUUCUAUCUGUCGUUCGAGAACUCCAAUUGCCGGGAGUACCUGACGGAGAAGGUGUUCUGGAACGCGUAUCACAAGUUCGCGGUCCCAAUAAUAAUGGGAGCAUCGCGGCAGGACUGCCAGCGACUGUUGCCGCCGCGCUCCUACCUCCACGCGGACGACUUUGCGGACGCAAACGCGCUCGCCGACUACCUCAGGUAUUUGGACCGCGACGACGAGCGUUACGUCGGCUAUCAUGAGUGGCGCGACCGCUACCGGGUGAUCAACGACCACGGUUACUUCGGCAGCGUUUCCAGGCACUACUGCCGCGUAUGCGAGGCGUUGCAUUACAACCCCGCCGUGCCGAAGGUCUACGCCAGGCUCGAGCGCUUUUGGAGCAAGGAAAGGGACUGCGUUCCAGCUAGCGCUUAGGCUCCGCGUUCUCUCCACGAUCUUAUCUAGUCUUUGUGAAGUGUAGACGGGUGUUAAUAAUUAAUAUAAUUAAAUUUAUUAUUAAUUGCAGAUGAAGCUUUCGUCAGUGACUUGAAAAUUUCAAUAAGCUACUUUAAAUGCAUUUUGAAGUUGUGGAAUUUAAAGUUAUGUAGAUUAUAACUCGAUUUAAUUAUGUUGUUACUGGUAGUUAGUUAUUCUUAAUAAUAAAUUUAAUAUUUAAUAAUAAAAUGCUUUUCUUCCAAUAAACAAAACAAACAUUAAUCAUCUAUAAAAUAACUAUUAGAAUCUUCUUUCUCUCACCGAUGGAAAAAAGAUUCAUUUUUUUAUAUUUCAAAUUAUUCUACAAAUCCUUAAAAAAUGACAUAUGUAUUAUUUCAAUAUAAGUUAUUUUUACUAUAUGCAACAUCAGUAUUUGAUAUUUAACAAGUGCAAAUCUUUUUGCGUACAUUUAGAGCAUAAAAUUAAACCUAAUAAAAAAUUGUAUACGUAAAAAUGAUAAAAAUAAUUAUAUGCGAAAGACGACACACAUGUGGUAAUUGGUGCAUUAUUAUUCUUUUAUAUAAAAUGCGUAUAGAGAAUUGCAACGUGACCAAGUUUCCGCAUGCAUGAUAGAUCCGUACUUAUCGCCGGAAAAACGGAGUUCUGAAAAAAUUCGAUAUAUCCUUUCGAUUUCACCGGCAUGUACGAAGGAAAGCCACGCGUUUCGCACGCGGAGGAGAAUCUUUCGAGUCGAUACGAGAUGCAUCCGAAGGAUCAUGAAGGAUCCCUCGUUUGCGCGGCGUUCAUUCAAAUUUGAAUGAUUUAAAGAUCUCCUUCGAGGAGAAUCCUUCCGCCGUAGACGAGUCUCGCCGAGAUUCGAGAUCGUCUAUGAGGAGCGAGAUGGAAAACGCGUGGCCGUGAUUAGAAGGAAAAUGCGAGGCGAGAGAAAGAGAGAGAGAGAGAGAGAACUCGCGGUGCCGCGCGAUGCAACGACGCGUUGACGUCGUCGUCACCCGGCGGAGAGAGGGACAAGAUGAUACCCACGCUGACGCGGGGCGGAAGUACAGAGCGAUAGACGGCGACUCCGUACGUUGCAAAUGGCAGACGGUGCGUGAUUAUACCCCGCUGCGAAAAAACCGUCGUUACGUUUUGCGUCGCGUCUACCGUCGUGACUGGUCUCGCUGGCUAAGCGAGGAAGCGAAUUUCAGCUGUCCCGGAGGGUUGCCCGACGCGUCGCGUCGUGCACGUAGGUCACGUCAACCAGGUUCUCCCCCCCCCCCCCCGGAUUCACAGCUGAAGGUAGCGGCCGGCGAGAGCGAACGGGCGGGUGAAACUGCGUUUUCGGAGAGGACGAGGAGUCCGUGGUAUACCGGGAUCGGGACGACUCAGGAUCGAGAUGGCGAGGCUAGUGAAUGUCUGGCGGGACAACGUUCCGAUGGAGCUGGCGAGCAAGCAAAUGCCGCUGAUCGUCGACGAAAACCUGACGGUAAGCGCGCUGGCGCGCGCGCGCGCGCGCCCGCGUGCGACACGCGAUUUUCCACUGUUGAACGUUGACCGGCGUGACUCCUGGGGCACGUCGUCGACGACGUCGCUUCACGACGUGACCGGAGCGUUGUACGUGGUUCGCUCCGGGGUUCGCUGUCAACCUAUCCUUUAACCUAAAACACGUCACGAUCAGCCGUUAGAAGGGCGGGGAGAA